AUGGCCACCACCAAGCGCUUUCCCACGCUCGUGCAGCUGGAGCAGCGGGGCGGGACGCCAUUCCAGGUGCUGGGCGACAACGCCAAGCAGCCCUACUGGUUCCACACGGAGUACCUCAAGAGCCCGAAUACGGUUCACCUAGAGGCGUGGCUGGUGGAAGCGAUCUUCGGCCCCGGUGGAGAGCACAUUCCGCACGUCGAGUGUGUGUCGCAGACCCUGCUUCGCAUUAACCAGUGGGACCCCGAAGGCGAGGCUGAGAUCCUGAUCUUUGGCCGGCCUCCUUACCAAAAGGAUGUGUCCAAGAUGAUUAUGAACUUGGCUCACUAUUACCGCCAACUCCGGGCACAAGGUUCGCUGAAGAACGCUGCCCAGCAGGCCGAGCCAUGGAACUUCUCCGAUGCAGUCCUGGUGGCUGCGCUCCAGGCCUCCCCAGACAAAGUCUGAGUGGCCAAGAGCCAGUGAUCCCCCGACAAAGUCCGGGAGGCCACGACCCAGCGGUCCCCCAACGCUGUCCAAGAGAAGGCGACCCAGCGGUCCCCCGAUGCUGUCCGGGAGAUGGGGACCCAGCGGU